AUGGGUGGCGGCGGCAUGACAGCAGCCUCAGCAUCCAUCAGUUCUGGCCCCGCGGAGGAACAUGGUGGUGGCAGUGGUGGUGGUGGUGGUGGUGGCGGCGGUGUGACGGCAGCCUCAGCAUCCAUCGGUUCUGGCACUGUGGAGGAACAUGGUGGCGGUAGUGGCGGCCGGAGGUGGGGUCAUGGAGGCGGCGAGAGUCACCCGUCCGGUGUAGGUGACCGGACUGGCAGCAGCGACGACGACGGCAGGCGCGCCCUUGGUGGAGGCGCAAGCAGCGGAGGCGGCAUUGCUGGAGUUGUGGGCUGA